AUGACAACAACUCGCACAUUCACCGGCGCCACCGCCCCCGGGCCGUACACGACGCCACCGACCGCUGCGGACCCGUACACGUACCAAGUCGGGUUCGGCAACCGCUUCGCAUCCGAAGCACUCCCGGGCGCGCUGCCGGUGGGCUGCAACACGCCGCAGCGGUGCGCGUACGACCUGGUGUCGGAACAGCUCAACGGGGCAGCGUUUGUGUCGCCGCGGGCGUCGCAGCUCAACUCGUGGCUGUACCGCAUCCAGCCGUCGCUGGCGCACGCGCCGCCGCGCCCUUUGCUGCCUGCCGCGGCGGACAUCGAGGCCGUGUUCACGUCGGCCAACCCCGCCGCCGUGGCCACGCCGCAGGACUACGGCUGGGACAAGUUCCCGCUGCCGAGCGCCAGUGAAGGGCACGUGGACUUCGUAGCCGGGCUCAAGACGGUGGCCGGGCAUGGCGACGCGACGCUCGGGCGCGGGCUCGCGCUGCACGUGUACGCGGCCAACGCGUCCAUGGGCCCGCGGCGGGCCUUCUGCAACAACGACGGCGACAUGCUGCUGCUGCCGCAGGAGGGCCGGCUCGACGUGCAGACCGAGUUCGGGCGGCUGAUGGCGCGGCCGGGCGAGCUGGUCGUCGUGCAGGCGGGCAUCCGCUUCUCGGUCAGACUGCCCGACGGCGUCGGCCGCGGCUACGCGUGGGAGGUGUUUGGCGGGCACUUUGAGCUGCCGGAGCUGGGGCCCGUGGGCGCCAACGGCAUGGCGCAGGCGCGCGACUUUGAGACGCCCGUGGCGGGCUUCGACGUCGACUUGGCGUCGGGCUGGACCGUGGUGGUCAAGCUGGCGGGCCGGCUGAUCGAGUACGAGCAGCCGCACACGCCCUUCGACGUGGUGGCGUGGCACGGCAACUACGCGCCGUACAAGUACGCGCUGGAGCGCUUCGUGAGCUCGGCCACCAGCGACCGCGACCAGAGCGACCCGUCCAUCUGCUGCGUGGUGACGGCGCGGUGCGGCGACGGCGUCGUGGCCGACUUGCUCGUCUUCACGCCCAAGACGCUCGCCACGCGCGACACGUUCCGCCCGCCCUACUUCCACCGCAACAUGGCCACGGAGCUGAUGGGCAUGGUCUACGGCGUGUGGCACGGCUCCGGCACGCGGCUGGAGCCCGGCGGGCUCACGUACGAGCCGAGUUACAUGCCGCACGGCGAGUCGCACCAGCGCUGGAUUGAUGCUACGACGGCCGACCUGGGCCCUGAGCGCAUCUUUGAGGAUACCAUCGCCUUCAUGAUCCACGUCUCGGCACACGUGUCGCUGACAAAGUACGCUCUCGAGCGCAGCGGCUGUCUGCAGCCUGUGCAGGAUGAUGUGUGGCGGGAUGUCGAGCCCGCGUUUGUGAGGCACUUGGGCGCUCUGGGAGGGGAGCCUGCCGCGGAGCCGUGA